GCGGGGCGUAAGGGCAUGAGGGCGUGGGGCCGAGGGGUGUUGGCAGUGCGCCGCGCCGUGAGCGCCGGCAGGGCACAGUGUUGUGUUGAGUCGGGGUGCGCCAUGCUGCCCCUCGGCCCUGCCCUCAGGAGUGGCCUGGCGGGGACGUCGCAGCAGGUGGGCCCCGAGGGGAACGAUGCCGCGCGUGUGGCCCGUGCCUUCGCGACGUGUGACGAGGAGGCGGUGCGUACUUGGCUGCAGGGGGGCGGGAAUCCCAACCUGGUGCUGGCAGGGGGCUACACGCCCCUCACCUUCCUGGUGUGUAACUCUGACUCUGACCGCUGGGAGGCCGUGGUGCUCCUGCUGCUGAAGGCUGGCGCGUCACCUCACACUCGCGCGCCCAAGGGUACGCCGCUGUUGACGUUGCUGGUAAAGUCGUGCAGCACGGAGCUGGUGCGGCUAGUGCUGGAGCUGGGCGCCGAGGUGGACGUGCGAGGGCCUGAUGGGGACACGCCACUGCUGUGCGCCGUGCACUACCGCCAGGUGGACACGCUCAAGGUGUUGCUGGAGCGCGGCGCGAACCCCAACGUGACCUCACGGGAUGGCAACGCGGCACUCAUGUGGGCGGCGGGGCGCAGCGACGGCAUCGGCAUGCAGCAGUCCAUGGCGUGCGUGCGUGUGCUGCUGGCCCACGGCGCAGACCCGAACUUCAGCAAUCCGCGGGGAUACACGCCGCUCAUGGCGGCAGCCAUCAUUCGCGAGCGAAACGCCGUGCACGCCUUGCUGGCGGCGGGCGCCGCGCCGGACACGCCUGACGCCAAGGGUGAGACGGCCCUCAUCAAGGCGUCACAGGCGGAUGCUGUAGGCGUGAUGGAAGAGCUGCUGGCAGGCGGCGCCGACGUGGAAGCCCGCACUGAGGCAGGCAGCACGGCGCUGAUGACCGCCUCGUCCAUUGAAGCCGUGACAUUGCUGCUGCAGAAGGGCGCCCGGCCAGACGUGGCUGCCAGCGAUGGCACCACCGCCCUGCACCUCCAGGCCGUGGAGGGGCACCCUGAGCAGGUACUGCGCCUGCUGGAGUACGGCGCCGAGCUGGAGGCGCGGGACGGCCAGGGCAACACGGCUCUGCACGCCGCGGUGCGCUGCAAGAGUCACGCUGUGGCGGGCCUACUGAUUGACGCGGGGGCGCAGGUGGACGUGCACAAUGACGUGGGCGCCACGGCAGUGCACGAAGCGGUGGUGGCCUGGGACUACUUCAACACCAUCGACAUCUUCCCUGCCCUCAACACCCCCGCCCUGCGCUCCGAACUGGUGCGCUACAUUGCCGAGAACGCCGCGAGCUCUCAGAGGAUGCUGGCCACACUGCUGCAGGAAGGCGCCGAUCCGGGGCGAGCCGGCCAGGGUGGCGUGACGCCCCUCAUGCUGGCUGUCGCCUCGGGCCAGGAGGGACUGUCACGGCUGCUGCUGGAGGCGGGGGCGGCGCCAGACGAGUGUGACGAGGCAGGACGCACGGCGCUGGCGUACGCGUGCCGCUGGGGCCACGAGGAGCAGGUGCAGCUGCUGCUGUCCUGGGACACUCCCGUCAACACCUUGGACCGCCACAACAAUCUGCCGGUGUACUAUGCCGCUAGCCCCGCCCACACCCCCAUCCUGCUGGCCCUCAUGGUGCCCCUCGCCUUCUACAUGUGCUGCCGCGCCCCAUCCUGAUGGUGCACUGCCUCCUGACGCGUCCCUCACGCCCGCUAGGGUUGUCUUAUUCACUCCACGUAGCGCUGUUCCAGUGUGAGGACGGGCGCGGCAGCAAGUGACAGCCGUGGUGCCGCUUGGCACACGCCCACUCCGCGCCCGCGCCUCUGCAAGGAAGGGAAGAAUUUUAUUGUAUUUAUUGUGUUGUCGCUGAAGAAACAAGAUGGCCAAAUGGUAAUGAUAGCAAUGAUAAUA